CUCCACACUACGUGGAUUUCCACUUGCCUCAAAUUUCCACACACUUCACCUGCACGCGCACGGUGCUGUCGGACUCCUUUUAUCCGUGUGCGUGAGCAGACGGGACGCGCUGCUGUUAGUGACGGGAACCUGCUGCUGGAGCACAGAGGACACGGAGAGCGCCCGCACCGCCCGCUGCUCUGACCUUAACGUGCGUCCGCGUUUUGCGCUUCGGUCACCGUCUUGGCUGCCGCAGACUUCCAGCCGCUGCACAGCGCACAGAGCGAGAGCUCUCCGGGGGAGAAACAGCACUGCAGAUACAACCACAGGGUCACAGAGCUGCAUGCAGAAGAAGCUUUGGUCAGACCCCCCAGCUGGUGAGUGAAGAUGAUUCCCGUGCUGAUCUGUGCUUUGAUCUCACUGAGUGUAGCAGAGAACGACUUAGACGUUCUGUACCCUGACCUGGAGCACUCGAGGACCAUCUAUGUCACAGAAAAUGGCCCUCGACUGUCAGUGGUGGCAGAACAACCCAAAGUGGUGUCGAGGCGAGGGGGAAAUGCUACGUUACCGUGCACAAUCCAGAGGGACCAAUCACUGGCACCAAAUCGCAAGAUGCGGAUCAAGUGGACCAAGCUGACCUCAGACUAUCUAAAAGAGGUGGAUGUGUUUGUUGUCAUGGAUUAUCACAAAAGGAGUUAUGGCAGAUUCCAUGGACGGGUCCACCUACAAGGCUCUUCAGCCAUGGAUGCCUCCCUAGUCAUCACUGACAUCACUUUGGAGGAUUAUGGGAGAUAUAAAUGUGAAGUAAUUGAUGGGCUGGAAGAUGGAACAGCAGUGGUGUCUCUUGACCUUGAAGGUAUUGUCUUCCCCUACAUCCCCCGCUUGGGUCGCUACAACCUUAAUUUCUACGAUGCAGAGCGAGCGUGUCGUGAUCAGGAUGCUAUUGUGGCAUCCUUCGACCAGCUGUAUGACGCAUGGCGAGGAGGGAUGGACUGGUGCAACGCUGGCUGGCUGGCAGAUGGCACUGUCCAGUAUCCCAUCAACACCCCCAGAGAACCCUGUGGUGGCAAGAACACAGUGCCAGGAGUUCGCAACUAUGGGUUGAGAGACAAGGACAAGAACCACUAUGAUGUUUUCUGCUUCACCUCCUACCACAAAGGUCAGUUCUACUACCUGAUACAACCCUUUAAGCUGACCUACGAUGAGGCAGUCAGGGCGUGUCAAAAAGACGACGCUCAAAUCGCCAAGGUCGGCCAGAUGUACGCCGCCUGGAAGCUGCUGGGCUACGACCGCUGUGAUCCCGGCUGGUUGGCAGACGGCAGCGUCCGUUACCCCAUCUCCCGCCCCCGACGACGCUGCAGUCCCACAGAAGCUGCUGUUAGGUUCAGUGGCUUCCCUGACAAGAAGCAUAAGCUGUAUGGAGUGUACUGCUUCAAGGGCGACAAUUGAGCUACAACACAUAUCCCCCAAACACCUACAUACACUAGCAUGCACCAACACAUGCAUUAAUGAACAUAUUAAUGGAGAGAAAAAGACAGGAGAGGGAAUUUGGAGGUAUGAAAAUACACAUUCAAACUGUGAUGCUUUUUUUUAUGGAAACCAUAAGACAUUUACCAGACAGAUUCAUGCUGUGCUUCGUAAACUGGGACCUAAUACUCUACAAGGGAUAGUUUACACAUAUUUAAGGUUUAUAUUAUUUUAAUCAUUGCCUUUGAGAAGGGUGGGCAGAUUAUUGUGGGGAUCUGAGGAUAUCACAGCUACAGUCAUACUGUCAUUUACAAAUGGAUUAGGCUGGUCAGAGUCUGAAUUGAGAACAGUUAACCAGUCUUGUGGUCGGACUGAGACUUUUGGCACUUACCUUGUUUUUGUUGAAGACCUGGAACAACAAUGCAGUGAAACAAGACAAAAACAGAGAAAUCUCCGCUGCCGUCACUGUCUGAUAGUAAUACGAGCCUAGCACAACUAAUCCAGUCUCUGCUGUCCAUCGUUGAUGAGGUGCUAUGACAGGUACUUUGUAAUUCAUCCUACCGUCCAGUAUUUUAUGUUUUUAUACAAAUGUGAUGAACCGAACGUUAGUCUCAUCACCAAAAUGAAAAGAAAUCAUUCAAUUGUUAGCAUUGUUUAUGUUUUCUAAGUAUGUAGAAUGUGAUAAUCUAGCAAUGUAUUUCUGUUAAUGACUAUUUUUUGAUAUACUGUAGUAAUAUUUAGAAUAUAAUUUUUAUCUUUCUGGCCAAACUAUCCAAGUCUCUUCGGUUUACAUGAAACAUACAACAAUGGUGGAAAAAGACACCACAAAAAAAUGAGUUUGCACUGAACAUAUAGAAAAUGAUGCACAGAGGAGAGAAGACAAGGCAAACAGUAGUUCACCCUUUGCCGCAGUACUGAAUGCCAAGCAUGAAUAAAUACAUUGCAGCGCUAGAGCACGUUUUGUUCUUCAGAGCAUGACUGAGCUUCAACGAGCACACAGCAAAAUCGUUCUUAGAGCAUAUCUACUCUUGCUGCCUGUUUAGCGCCUUAUAGCCUGCUAUUUUUGGUACAGAUGCCGUAGAUUCUUCUAGUUUAUCAGCAGAUCCAGGCUUAGUCCUGCUUGUGACUCACUCAUCGGACUCCCAGUGCUCCCAGUGCAACCAUUACCUGUUAUUCGGUUCUGGGUGGAUCUUCAAGCCUGUUUUUAUGAUGUCAUAGAAUUCUACAUAUUGACAGUGAAGUGUUUGCCUAACCAGCGUUUAAAUUCAGUUUUCUACUGCAUUCCUCUCCUAUAAUGGUGCUAGCCUUAGCAAACCACUAGCACUGGAAAAUUGGGAUUUAAAUCCAGGCUGUGCUCGCGGUGAAAUCUUGGAGUUAUUGUGAUCGGUUUUUGUCAGCAAAACAGCAAAAAAUCGUGGCGUUACAGUAGCAGAAAUUUAAUUGUCUUCACCACUGAAAUUUAAAAAAUUCUUUGCACCAAAUGCAAACAAACAAAGCAGAACAUGCAGGUAUGCUAACAGACCUGCACGGCCACUGACUGCUGCUCACUGUGAGCUCUCAUUUCAGCCUGGAUGAGCUUUGUGAACAUCUACAGUACUUACAAUAACUCGUGCUGUAGAGCAACAAGGAGGAUACCACACACAAGUGUGAUGUAAUUAGCUAAUGAAAGCAGCUCCACACAAAACCAUCAUCAAUUUAAACUUACAGAUCAGAAAUACAUUUUAUGAAAAAUAAAAAUGAAACAUUAUAUUAUUAAAUCCAAAUUUAUUUUUCUUAUGUAGAACAGAAAAUGGAGAAGUAGAUACCUGGAUGAGCAGUGGGGAUGAGUCCAUGGUUUUACUAAUACUCCUUUUUGAGAACCAUCAACUCCACCAAAAAGAAAGUUGGCCUAAAAGUCACCAGAGUUGUCGCUGGGUGCUUUUUAAAAUCUCAUUGCUGAACGAGUUUGAAAGGUUGCCAAGAGAAAUUAGCAAAAAAAAAAUAGUUUUUUAUUAAAGUCUUAGUUUGUGAAUAAAUCUAAGAUGUAUGCUUUUAGAAAACAACACCAGAUCAAAGUGUUCAGAAAACCCACUGAUGGAUAUCAGGUUAAAAAAAUAAGGUGCUGAGGUUAAUAAAGAGGACACUCUGGGACCGAAUUACAGAGUAAUGUAUGUAGAGCUGAAGUCACAAAUGGAACUAAGCCAGGCCCUGAGCGAGCAUGGUUUUUCCUGGCAGCGCCCGUCUCCCCGAUUGCUAUCUGAGCUCUGCAGGACUCAGCCAUGAAGUGGCCAACCUGCCUCUGAGCUCAGUGAUCAGACACAGCAGGCCUGCAGCCAACUUGCACCAAUGAGGCAGAAAUACAAUGCAUUCAAAUUGCCAGUAAUUCCUACAAGGAGCCACUAAGGGUUUCUUCCAUUUAAGGGUAUAACAGUAAAUGGUGCCCACUGAUCAAGCAUAAGCUCACUGUACACAGCCCAGGAUGGCAAAGACUUGGGUUCAGGUGAUCCAGUUGGGGCUGGAGCAGAGUUAGUUAGACUUACCACCAACAAACUGCUGCUGCAAUGAUCACACACUGAUGAUGUGGCAGAUAAAAUGGUUUUACAGCUGUGAAGUAAACACUUAUUAAAAAUCUGUUACAGUGUUGCAAAACAAAAAUCUUUCCUUUUGUAUUAUUACAUUAAUUUUAAUUAUUGUAAACAUUUGCAAACAGUUAAAGGAAUAUUUUGACAUUUAUGGAAGUGCAAACUUUAGAGUCGCUGCACACAACUGUGUAAUAGCUAAAUCCCAUAAUUCCCUGUGAAACCAAGAAAUUUCAGUAAAGAAACAACACAUGUUAAACAGUAAGAUCCUGAGCUUCACGCUGAUACCAGGCUCACAGCAGGAAAAAGACCUGGAAACAGGGGGAAGCACCUAGCCUGGUUUUGUCCAUUUGGGUUUUGCAGGAAUUAAACAAAUAAAUAUCUAAUAUAGAAAAGCAAGAUAAAUAUAUAGUGAGCGCUAACUGAAAGUAAUUUCCCUCCAUGAAUCACUUGUCCAACCAUCCAGCUGUUUCAAUCUGCUCCUGGUUCUGAAUCUCUGCUAAACGAAGCUAAUUGUGAGGGUUAUUUCCUCAGUGACCUGUUUACAUCUGUUACUUGCCUUAUCUCGUUACAUUUAUCCUAACCAGGUUACCUGUUUCUGCCGGUUACUAGUCUCUAUGCUCUGUGAAUCGAACUGUUAAGUUGUUGUCAAGGAUAUCAAAUUUUGGCUAACUGUUUUCACACCUCUGUACUAGGCUUUAUUCUGUGCUUAUCACCUGGUUAUCUCACACUUUGUAUUUAGUGUACAGAUAUGACAGUGGUAUAAUUUUUUUCAUAUCACAAGAAAGUAAAUAUCUGUGCUUUCCAAAAUUUCAGCUCUUCUUUUAAAGGUCUUUAUUUUGUAUUGUAUUGUUUUACUGAUGUUCUCCAGGAACCACAGCAUACAAGAACACCGUAGGGACUUCCAGAUAAAAGGGCAAUAAAACAAUACAUAAACCGUGA